AUGUAUCGAGAAACUUUUGUUUCCACCCUUCUUGUUAAUGUAGUAUUUAGUUCUUUAUUAAGCGGUGAUUUCGAUAUAGCUGAUGGUGUUAAGUUAGUUAGUAUACCGGAUAAUGGUUUGGACGAUGAAGGGAGGUCCCUCGGUGAUGCACCUCUGUACAGGAUGGCGAAGUUCCUGCAAAGCCACGAAUUGCACGUGAAACUACCCAAUCUGAUAGAGAAGGACAAAUUGAGUAAAAUUUUCUCAGAAUCACUCAAAGCUAUUGACGAUUCGUAUAAGGAAAAGAAUGCAACCGGACGAGGCAGCAAAGGCGAUGGCGGUGGAUCCUUGGCGUUGCUUGGUCUGAUGUUCGCGAAGACCUUGGGAGCAGUCGGUAUUGGAGGCUUGGGACUUCUUACUAUGAAGGCUUUAGCUGUAUCGGCGCUAGCUUUAAUGCUAUCAGCGAUUGUGGGAGUCAAGAAGCUCUCAUCCCAUGAUGACCACGACGACCACCAGGUCAUCUACGCUGGUCACCACGGCUCCCACAGGCGAAGACGGGACACGCCACUACCUUACCAGGCCCUUCCGUACCAAGGAUGGACGGGUGUAAAAAGACAGGUUUAG